AUGCUCAAGACUUGCGCUGCCUACGCCGCUGCGCAUCACGUUGACGUGGCACGUGGCUGCUACGAAGCGCUCCUGGACCUCCAAGCACACGAUUUUGACGCGCAGUACGCCUACGCACAGCUGCUUCAAGACUAUUUCCCAGGUCCUCACGUGCUUGCCGCGCUCGAAGCAGCCGUUGCGGUGGCCGUUCCGCCAUACCACCAAGCCCACAUGAACGCCUUCAACACGCUUGGGCUCUUCUACCGCGACCAACUCGCGUUCGAGAAGGCGGCGUCUGUCUAUGCGAUACCGUUGACACCCACGAACCGGUCGCACCCGAGCUUUCUGCCGCUUCUGAUCAACCUCGCGGCCGUGCAGUUGCAACGAGACGACCCUCACUCGGCCCUCACGCUGACCAACGACGCUCUGGUCAUUGCGCCCGAGAACGCGUUCGUCCACCACAACCUCGGCUCGGUUUACUUUCAUUUGCGCGACUUUCCAAUGGCGCUCCGCUACUCUCAGCGCGCGACCGAGCUCGACCCGACCUUGGUCCAGUCCCACAUGGCGAUCGGGAUCGCUGUCUGUAAUAUGGGCGACUCGGCGGCUGCUGUCGCUGCAUUCGACUCGGCGCUUGCCAUUCCGAGCAGCCACGAGAUGGCCGACGUCAUUCGGCUCAUGCAAGCCACGUCGGGGAUCCCGCAGAUCACAUUUUCAAACGAUGCGAUCGCUGCGUCACGGCGUGCCUACGCCAACCGCCUCCGCGAUCUCUCGAGGCGACUGCCAUUGCAGCUAGGCAUUGAUCCGCUCCAGACGAUCGGCUGUGGCUCGAUGGGCUACUCGCUGAUCUACCAAGGCGGCAUCGACCGCCAUCUGCGCGAAGAACUCGCGACCAUCUACCGAGCGUCCAUGCCAUCGCUGUCGUUCGUGGCGCCCCACGUGAGAGCUCACCGCCACCACAUCAACGUGCAUCGAACCGAAGGUCGACGCAUUCGGCUCGGCGUUCUCUCGGCAUUUCUGUACGGCCAUACGGUCGGCUUGCUUCUCCAAGGCGUCUUGACCCAACUGGACCGUGUGACGUUUGAGAUCUACCUCCUUCGCACGUCACGCAGCGAGGAUGCUGUGACACAGCACCUCCGGUCGCGCGCCGACCACGACAUGCUCUUGCCGUCCAGCGUGGUGGCGGCGCAACACACGAUCGCUGCGUUGGCCCUGGACAUUGUCCUCUUCUCCGAGAUUGGCAUGGACAAAGCGACGUACUUUCUCGCGUUUGCGCAGCUCGCGUUGCGCAGCGUCGUGUUUUGGGGCCACGCCGUCACGUCCGGGAUCUCGACCAUCGACUACGCGAUCACGUCCCCACUCUUUGGGACGCAUCAGACGCACUACACGGAGCGUCUGUACGAAAUGCAAGGGCUCACCACGGCGUUUUACAAACCCGUCAUUUCUCCUGACGCGAUGGCUGCCGAUGCCAUUGUCUCGGAGCUGCAACAGCUGCAAAAGACCAUCUACCUCGUGCCGCAAACCCUCUACAAGCUGCACCCGGCCUUGGAUCCGCUGCUCCAGCGCAUCCUCCAAGCCCACGACGACGCUGUCGUCGUCUUUCUCAAGGGCGAGACGCCCGACCUCGCCAACCGCGUGUACGAGCGUUGGACGGGAACGUUGUCGCCGAGCGUCUUGGCGCGCGUCUACUAUCUACACAACAUGCCCCGCCAGCAGUUUCUGCACGUCUGUGCUGCCGCCGACGUGGUGCUCGACACGUUUCCGGUCGGCGGUGGCCGCACGACCUUGGAGAUCUUGGCGGUCGGGACGCCCGUGAUUGUGCACGAGCCGCGGACGACCAUCUUGCAGCUCAGCGCCGCCAUGUACACGUUGAUGGACAUGUCCGAGCUGAUUGCGUACUCGGACGACGACUAUGUCGCCAAGGCACUGGCCGUCGGACGCAAUGCCACGCACCGACGCCUGCUCUCGCAGCGCAUUCUGGCCCGCCACAACGUCUUAUACAAUCAGUCGAGCGCCGUGGACGAGUGGUCGAGGAUGCUGCAAACCAUUGUGGCCACGCCGCCGCCCGAUCCCAACCAGCAAACGCCGACCGACACGGACCCGGUCGUCUUUGGCGUCUACCUCUACCUCGAAGUACUCCAUGAGACGUUUGCGUUUCAAGUGCGCGCGUCCGAGCGCCAUCGGACCAUGGAGAUCGCCGCCAAAUUCGGUCAAGUGCACGAACUCGAGCCGCUCUACGUUGCGUUCAUCGAGACGGUGCUGCACAAGGGCGUCUCGCGCCUCGACCAACCGAUCGUUGCCACGUUGCACGUACCCUCUCCCGGACUCGACCCGGAUCAAAUCGCAGUCGACAUUCGCCUCGGCGACGACAUUUGGCUUGCCGCCCUCGCUGCACUCUGGCAACACCGCGUUCAGAGCACGAGAGACCUUGUGGAUCGCAUUCUAAACGAGUGGCGAGCUAUCGGUGGCCAGCUCGACUCGACGUUGCAGUGGCGGGCCAUCCGAGAUCGGUUUCCCGAGACCAACUACGCCCCGACGCCAGUCAAUGCCAGUUGCGUGACGCUCGUCCUCACGACCUGCAAGCGCCUCCCGCUCUUUCAGCGCACGAUGGCCUCACUACGCCAACUACGUGAGUCCUCGAUCGUGUGCGCAACGCUCGUCAUCGACGACCACUCGAGCGAGGACGACCGGCGCGUCAUGAAGACGACCUUUCCAAGCGUUCGGUUCCUCUACACGCGUCUCAAGGGCCACGCCGUCUCGAUGAACACGUUGCUCUCGAUCGUGAGCACGCGCUUCGUCCUGUACAUUGAAGACGACUGGGUCUUUACGGAAAAUGUGCUGCAGUCGGUCCACGACGCGCUGGAGAUCCUUCGCAGCCAUUGGAACGACCCAACUAUUCGGCUUGCGCAGGUACUGCUCAACGACCAAGAGAGCGGGUGGCACCAUACGACACCCUCGGGACGAGUCGCAUACCGCGUGCUCGAGAUGGGCGUGGCAGAUCCAGCGCACAAGAUGGCGUCCUGGCCGGGCUUUUCGCUCAACCCGGGAGUUUGGGAUCUGGACCGGCUCAAGACACUGCAAUUGCGGUUCGAUACGACGUCGGAUGUGUUUGAGCGCGCGUUCUCACUGCAAGUACGACGCGCGGGCUUGCACGUGGCAGCGCUGACGACGAAAGUGGCCACGCACAUUGGCGCACCGCCCGGCUCGAACGCGUCGGCGUACGUUCUCAACGGUCUUCCGAGACGCUUUGACGCGCCGCUUGUAGAGUUGUAGUCGACGAACGAGGAGUUUGGAC